AAAUUAAGGUGGUCGUGGGGACCGAUUUAGUUUUAAGGUCGUGGGGACCGAUUUAGUAGGCUCGGGAUAACAACGUCAUAAUGUGAGGGAACCGUUUCUUAUAAUGUAUCCAAAUGGGGAACAAAGUCCUUUUUAUAACACAAAUUGCAUAAAGGGCAUAUUUGUCCAUUCAAGUCAAAAUGGGAGCGUUAGUAUGUAAAAUGGGAGCGAUGAAUAGCAGUUCAAUUUCAAAUUAUAGGUCAGAUCAUUUGGGUCGGAGUCAUGAUUGCCAGGUCUACCCUCCCCUCUACCCCUACAUUGUUUGGCUUGUUAACCUUAAAAAAAAAAAAAAAACAAUUUUUGUUCAAUGUCCGUAGGGACCGUAGUAAACUGUUCUCGUCCUCAUACUCCUACAAAACAAACACUUUUCUAUGUCUAGUACUGAUCUCGAUUGUCAUCUUCCUAUGCUUCUCGUCUUCUUCAUCACUGUACAUAUGCCUUUGCAGUAUGUUAGAUUGUGCCGCCAUUGCCUAUAAACUCUCACCCCUGAUAUAAUCUUUCUUUCACAAUUUCAAAAUCUGCUCAAUAAUUUCAAAUCUCUAAAUUUGGCGCCCUAUCAUCUUCUCUAACUAUUCUUUACAGUCUGCAAUUAUCAGCUAAAAAAUGAUGCAAUCCUCUUUUUCUUCUGUUCAAAGAGCACCAAAUGCACAUCCUUUCGCACACAGCAGCAAACAUUUGCCAUCAAUUGCUAAUCCCAUCACCCAUUUUCUUUCUCUUCCCAACAAACACUCAAAGUUGCAGACUUCAUCUUCACUCAGAUUAAGAUCCCAAAUUGAUGAUUUUCCGACUAAUUUGAGAAACCCCAUUUCAUUUCCUGCUACCCAAAAACGUUUUCUUACUCCUAAACUUAAAAAUGAGACAAAUCAAUGUACUCCGCUUCUCUGCGGUAAUUCGUCGAACAGCUUGAGUGCAGGGAACAAACCAUCGAUCAGGGUGAUCAUUGAAGCUAUCAGUGAUGCGUUUUCGACUGCAUUUCCGUUAUGGGUUGCUUUAGGAUGCUUGGUUGGACUUUUGAAGCCGAGUUCUUUCAGUUGGGUUACACCACAAAUGUCUAUUUGGGGUUUGACAAUUACUAUGUUGGGUAUGGGCAUGACACUUACUUUGGAUGAUUUAAGUGGGGCAUUUUCUAUGCCUAAAGAAGUGAUUGCCGGUUUUUUUCUUCAGUACUCGGUGAUGCCAUUGUCAGGAUUCUUUGUCAGCAAACUUCUAGGGUUACCAUCCCAUUAUGCAGCUGGCUUAAUAUUAGUUGGCUGUUGUCCUGGUGGGACAGCAAGUAAUAUUGUCACCUAUAUUGCCCGUGGAAAUGUUGCUCUUUCAGUGCUGAUGACAGCAGCAAGCACAUUUUCAGCCGUGGUCAUGACUCCCUACCUCACUGCUAAACUUGCUGGGCAAUAUGUUGCAGUUGAUGCCGCUGGACUUUUGAUGUCAACGCUACAGGUUGUGUUGCUUCCUGUGUUAGCUGGCGCGUUUUUAAAUCAGUAUUUCCAGGGCCUUGUAAAAUUUGUUUCUCCUUUGAUGCCACCCCUUGCUGUGGGGACUGUGGGUCUUCUUUGCGGACAUGCAAUUGCUCAGAGUUCUUCUGCAAUCUUGAUGUCUGGUGUGCAAGUUGUGAUAGCUUGUUGUCUACUUCAUUCAUCUGGAUUUUUCUUUGGUUACAUGCUUGCAAGGUUGCUUGGAAUUGAUAUAACUUCAGCUAGGACCAUAUCAAUAGAGGUUGGAAUGCAGAAUUCGGUUCUUGGACUAGUGCUUGCAAAUCAGCAUUUUGGGAAUCCAUUGACUGCAGUUCCUUGUGCUGUCUCUAGUGUUUGUCACUCAAUUAUAGGCAGUGCUUUGGCGGGAAUCUGGAGAUACUUCACUCCUAAGGAGAUGGAACAGUGAAUAGCCUUUGAAUCGAAUUUCAUUAUUGAAGUUGGAUUCGCAAAGGUGGAAUGAUCAUAAGGGUGUACCAGCUAGUUUACGUUUGUCAUACCCUCUGUAUGAAAGAUCUCUUAAUUGUGAUCUGAGCAAGCAGCAACCUGUGCAAGUACGCUUGCAUAGGUUCGGCCAAUGCAAGUUGAUGUGUGUCUGCUAGUCUUGUUACAAAUUGUAAUUAAGAUUGUAGACUACUUUUGGUGCCAAUAUCAGAAUUCUGUUUUUAGUCAUUCCUAUGCCAGAUUGAAUUAUAAAUUUUGUUGGCGAUAAGCCGCCUAGGGAGUUUGCUAGAAUCAAUUAUUUGUUAUGAGUGAUAGAUUCUGGUUAACCGUUAAACUAGUUGUGUAUUAAAUGAUACAACAAUUGGAUUUAUUCAAGAUAUGUUAUGUCUAAAGCUCUCUUACUCUCCAAUUCUCUCUGUUGUUGAUUAUAUAAGUAGUCUCCAAUUAUUGUAUCAGUGAUAAAGAACUGCUCUUUUUGGAACUGCUCAUUGAAAUUGAUUCAAGUUGGUAUCCACAAGAACUGCAGUGACUAUGGAUUGCCAAAUCAAAGCGAGUUGUGGUUGGAAGGUAAAGCUCAAAAGCAAGAUGCUUAAAACAAGCAGUUCGAAGAUAGUUUGGCUGGAGAAAAAAAAAAAAAAAAAAAAAAAAAAAAAAAAAAAAAAAAAAAAAAAAAAAAAAAAAAAAAAAAAGCAAGCCAAUACUAUUUUGAAGAGUAGUAAAAGAGAUUUGAAGUAUUUCUAUUGGCAUAGCUCAAAAUCUGCAAGAAACAAGCAGAUGUAGAAGGGUUCAAUUCACCUGACUAUUAGAUUAUAUUCCCAAACUCGAA